AUGGCGAACUCAGUGCGCAUCGUCGAGGUCGGCCCCCGCGACGGCCUGCAGAACGUCAAGCAGAGCAUUCCCACGCUGACCAAAAUCGAACUUAUCAGACGCCUGCAACAGACCGGGCUGAACACCAUUGAGAUUACAUCCGUCGUCUCGCCCCGCACUAUCCCACAGCUGGCAGACUGUAAAACUCUGCUGGCGAACACGGACGUCAAGCGGAUAGUGCAAGAUGAGCGUCUGCGUGCGCCGGUCCUGAUACCCAAUGUCAAAGGCCUUGAUAUCGCGCUGGAAAAUAACAUUAGGGAAAUCGCCGUGUUCGUUAGCGCCAGUGAGGGGUUUAGCAAGGCAAAUAUCAAUUGUUCAGUGCAACAAGGACUGGACAGGGCGAAAGCUGUCGCCGAGAUUGCUCGUCAACGGAAUGUAGCUGUGCGAGGUUAUGUGUCAUGUAUAUUUUCCUGUCCGUAUGACGGCCCGACGCCGCCGUCGGCAGUGCUCAAUAGCGUGCAGCAAUUGCUGGCUAUGGGCUGCUACGAGAUCAGUCUCGGCGACACAUUGGGCGUCGGCGUGGCAUCACAGACGGCCGCGCUGAUCAAAUUUUUAGUCGAUGCAGGCGUUCCGAUCGGAACUCUUGCUGGCCAUUUCCAUGACACAUACGGCCAGGCUUUAGCCAACAUCUGGGCGGCGUACCGGUCCGGUCUGCGUGUUUUCGACAGCAGUGUCGGCGGGCUAGGAGGGUGUCCGUACGCCCCAGGUGCCAAGGGAAAUGUUGCAUCAGAAGAUGUCGUGUACAUGUUUGAGCAGGCGGGUAUUAACACCGGCGUCAAUCUGGAUCGUUUGGCCGAAACGGGUGCCUGGAUAUCAGAGCAAUUGAAGAAGCAAAAUGAGAGCCGAGCCGGAAGCGCGCUGCUGGCAAAAUCGAGACUAAAAUCGGGAUCUAAAGAAAGCAAAGCGAACACAACCGCAAGCGCAUUGCAAUGGAUCCCGCAAGAGGCACCAGAAGGACUGAAGUUCUUCAAGAGCGGUACAAACAUCAAGAUCGUUCUCGAUAGACCGCGUAACGGGAACGCACUCACGACCUCGAUGAUCGAAAUGCUCACUGCGUUCAUGGAGAAAAUAGCCGGUGAUUCGAGCAUCACCCGCGUGGCCAUCACAGCAAAUGGAAAGUUUUUCUGUACGGGGAUGGACCUCGGCAAGGGCAGUUCGCCAGUCGCCUCAGGACAAGCUACUGUCGACGCGCAGUUUAAUCGGCUUACGAAACUGUUCAACGUGAUAAGCAAUGCCCCACAGGUAACUAUUGCCUGCGUGCAAGGGCCGGCAUUUGGCGGCGGCGUCGGACUGGCGUUUGCCUGCGACAUUCGGAUUUUCAGCAAGAAUGCUAAUAUGACGCUGAGCGAGGUCAAGCUUGGCCUAUGUCCGGCGACGAUUUCAAAGGCCGUCAUUCGCGAGCUUGGUAUUCCGUUCUCUCGCGAGGCGAUGCUGUCUGGACGUACCCUACUACCAGAAGAGCUCGCUCGUCUAGGCGCUGUGGCGAAGGUCGUCUCUGAUCCGAAUGCUGCUCUAGAUAGUUACUUGACUUCACUCAAGACUAGUGCACCAAGGGCAUCCGGUAUGGUCAAGGACCUUAUUAAACUGGCAUGGCAGGAGGGUGCUGGACCGAAGCAGGAGGAGGGCAUCAAAGCGCUGUUCCGCCAGAUGAUGCUUUCGGACAAUGUAGAGUCUGCCUACGGGUUGAAGGAGUUUCAAAGGGGGAAUAAAAAGGUGGACUGGGAUGCAUUUGCAUUGUCGAGGCAAAAGGUUCCUUCAAAGCUGUAG